GCUCCGCCUCUCUCCUCGGCGCGCCGCGUGCGCAGGGGUGGGGCUGCUGCCUUGGGAGACGCUAACGCGCUUCGAGAUCCGACCUGGGAGCGGCUAGAAGCCGCUGCUUGACGCGCUGCCCACGCUUCAGGCUGAGUUGCGGUCCGUUGAACCCCUUUGUGCCGCAGAACCGCGAUCUAGAGUCGUCAGUGUGAGUGAACCGGGUCGAUGUUGCAGCGCGAAGAACACUCGCUGUUUCCUGUUGAUGACGUUUAAAAGACCUAGUCGCUCCUGAUUUUCUGAUACAGAGCUUGAGGGACAUAUCUGAGUUCUUUGUCUCAAGGAGACUGGGAGAUAAAAUGGAAGAAAAGAACAUGCAGUGCGAUAGUGUGGUUGAUGAUAAUUUUGAAGAAGUUUGCCCAGAGAAGGUAAUUAAGUUUAAACCUCCGUUAUACAAACAGCGAUACCAGUUUGUGAGAGAUUUAGUGGGUAGACAUGAACCCAAAAAGGUUGCAGACCUGGGAUGUGGUGAUACUGAGCUUCUAAGGUUGCUAAAAAUCUACCCAUGCAUUCAACUGCUUGUUGGAGUAGAUAUCGAUGAGGAAAAAUUACAAUCAAAUGGACAUCAUUUGUCUCCCUUUUUGGGGGAGUUUGUAAAACCCCGGGAUCUGGAUUUGACAGUUACCUUGUAUCACGGCUCUGUUGUGGAAAGAGACUCUCGUUUGCUUGGAUUUGACUUGAUAACGUGCAUUGAGUUAAUAGAGCAUUUGGAUUCAGACCAUCUGGCCAGAUUUCCUGAAGUGGUGUUUGGGUACCUGUCUCCAGCCAUGAUUGUCAUCAGCACACCAAAUUCUGAAUUCAACCCCCUGUUUCCCAUAGUGACUCUAAGGGAUGCAGACCAUAAAUUUGAGUGGAACAGAAUGGAGUUUCAGACGUGGGCUUUACAAGUGGCAAAUCGCUACAAUUACUCUGUGGAGUUUACUGGAGUAGGCAAACCGCCAGCUGGUGCGGAGCAUGUUGGAUUCUGUACCCAGAUAGGCGUCUUCUGGAGAAACAGCGGGGGGGCACCAGGGCCCUGUGUUUCACAGCAGCACGAUCAGCAUGUUUAUAAAGCUGUUUAUACAGUCUCCUACCCAAGUUUACAGCAGGAAAGGGUGCUCAAAUUUGAACUGGUCAGUGAAGUGUUGUUGCAAGUGGAACGCUUGCGACUGUGGCAUCUGCGAACACUGCGAGAACAGAAGAGGGGAGCGGGGACUGUGCCAAAGGAGCCAUCCGUGGCCCCCAGCCUGAUGUUGGACCUCUUCACAGAGGCCGAAAAAGCCAGGAUAGAGAAUUCUCCCAAGCCCUUCUGUGAAGGGAGUAGGUUUUUCGUCCCCCUGCAGAGACUCCUUGCUUAUCCCAGACUGCACCGCUUGCCUGUGGAUGAAGAGAGGAUGCGAUCGCUUCUUGCCGACUCAGUGUGUUUGAGCAGCGAUGGGUCUGCAGUCAAGGUUGACCUGCGUAAUACUUGGGACUGGGAGCCUGACGAUUACUGAGCCAUCCAAUUCCCCAAAGUUCAAAGUCUCAGUGAGUGACAGUUGAACUCACUUAGAACUUAAUCUGGGUUUUUUUUU